AUGCCUACCAGUACCCUCUUCUCACCAUUGAGCUUCACAAACCAACCACUACAUGAUGAUUCGAACAUCAUGCGCUCAUCAAAACACGCUUCACCUGUGACAUCAGUUGGAUCAAGUGAGUGCAAUUUGUUGGGUCUGUUUGGGUCUCCUGCAUCGAGUUACUCGAUUAAUGACAAGUCUGAUCGAGGUGGUCACCCGUUUCCAUAUACCCGCUCCAAGACACGCUGGCGCAAACGGCCGACCAAUGAACUCAAGUACUUGCGGUCUCAAAUUGCCAAACUUGAACGACUUCUUGCAAACUUGAACCAUGCCGGUUCACGUUCGAAAAUGUUGACGAAUGGAGAAGAGUUUCGAGACGACCACGUACAAGCCCUCCACAAGCUUCGUACAGAAUGUCGCGAAAAGAAAGUGGAGGAUGCAUUGGCAGAGAAUCGAAAACUCAAAGCAAUGGUAAGCAGCCAAUUUCAUGUGGCCAAAGCACUUCAAACUGCGCUCGACGAGAGCAUGCGACUGCGAGCUCGUAAAGUGUGCUGGCCGACCAGUGCCGCAGCCUCCGAUGAGCUCGUGUUUGCCUUAUUAGACGAAGAAAAGGAGCUACAGUACGCUGCUACCGACAAGGUCAUGGACGAAAGCGGGAUCUCCCGGAUUUACCACCCGUAUAUCUCAGAACUGGUAUUCCAGAACGACAAAAAUGGAGUCUCCUUUCAGCAUAACGACGUUCGCGUGAUUCCGUUCCCUGUGGCAGAUGUCGUGCGAGCUCUACGUCACAGUCUAAGGCAUGGAUCGAGAGUUGGGCCGUCGCAGCACUGUCGCAAAUUCCUCAUGCACGACAGUUAUUCCCAGGCUGUCACGGUAGACAAUAUAAAUGUUCCUGGUACACAUCAAGCGGAAGUCAAGAGCAGGCAUUUGCUAUGGUCUGUCAUCGAACCUGAUCGAACUGUCAUCGCUUGGUCAAGUUUCAAUGAAUACCAAGGUCGAAGCCACGUUCGCUUACUCAAGAGAUUGUGGUUCUCGGUUGAGCCGAUCAAACUUCAGACCAAUUCAGGAACCAUGCAAGGUUCUAUUCUUCGGACCAUCGUUCGUUUUACACCGGUUGAUCCUGAAGUUAACCUCAAGCAUAUCGCAGACAUGUCGGACGUCAUCAUUUGCGCCUAUAAACGCGAUUCCGUUCGCGUUGUUCUAGCAGUGAGAGAUCAAUUGGCAGCGUUAGUCGCAAAGGGUUGA